AUGGCAGAAAGCGACCCCCAACACCAGACUCAAGCUGGGCAAGUACCAUGGAUAUAUCUUCACACCCACCAUCGUAACGCAGCGCAACGACAAAACCAGCACGCCCAGCUACGCCAGGAGUACUUGGAGCAGUGGCAGCGAGACGAAAACCUUGGCAAGCUUCGAAGGAUUGCAUUGCCGCGCAGCAAAGCCGCACCAUUACCGUCCCAGGUUCGGGAGCAAGCGGCGGCUAAAAUAAUAGCACAAUUCGAUGCUGCAUAUCGAACCUCGUAA